UAGCUCGGCCAACUUGUGACAAUCCAACAGAAAGCCGACGAUCUAGCAAGGAUAAGUCCCAUCCCUGUUCUCCUUCCAGUUCUCCUAAACAUUCUCCAUCAAGGAUGGAACACAGUCCAACCAACCCCUUCCCUCUCCAGGCCGACAAGAACAAGUGUAUCAAGUGCAGUACCUGCCCUGGAGUCCAUAGUCCCGGAUUACAGGGCGUCUCAGAUCAAACCAAGUGUCCCCAUAGUCCCAAAAAGUCUGAGAAACUUAGUCCAAGUGGUGCUCGUAGUCCAUAUAGUCCAACCGGUUCAGCCCAUUAUAAAAUAUCAAACAGCAAGCAUAGUCCAACUUCUGCUAGUAAGCCCUCUACCUCCCCCGAGCAACAGAACUGUAAACAUAAUCUUAAACCUAGUAAACCACAGGAGAGCUCAGCUAAGAAGAGUCCUCUGUAUUCAAAAAAUAAACAUCAUACCAGGACUAGAGAUUCGGAGAAACAUCAGUCCAGAUCCAACCCCAACAGCAGGGGUCAGUUUAAGGAGGAAUGCUCGUCCAGGCACUUGUCAAGGGAGGAUAUCAGCGGGUCUUCUAGGUCUAGAGAGGGGGUGGAGAGAAGCCCUACUCUAGAGGGUUGGAGCAGGGAUUUGACCAACUCUCAUGAGAACAUGAGUUUGUAUCCUAGAGGUGCAGGAACCAGUGCUCGGAGGAAAUCAGAUAACCCCCUACACUACCAGGAUACAGGAAAGAUGAAGCACAGUUCCCCAGAAUAUGGAAAUUUUCUAGCAAUAGGGAAGGAGUGUCCUGAUUUUAACAGGCAAAGACGAAAAUCUACUCCUGCAAUUUACCUCCUAGAGAACCAAACCUCGGAGCAAACCCUCUCCGAGUCCAUCAGUAGACUAGCCAUAGGAACGUUGAACGCGUCCUCAUCAGACAUAUCUCAGAAUCCUAUUCGGUCCGGCCACAGGGAUAUUGGAAGCCUGUUCUCCAGUGAAGAUAUGAGUAUGGAUGAUGGAUAUCUAAGAUUAAACCUGCUUAAUUGUCCUAAUACAUCGACACUCCAGUGUGACUGCGGACACAUAAAUUGUCCUUGCUGCAAUCUGCUGAUGAAUCUGGAAGUUACAGAUCCCUCACUUCUUCAGUAAACCUGGAUAUCCCUCACUUCUUCAGUAAACCUGGAUAUCCCUUACUUCUACAGUAACCCUGGAUAUCCCUCACUUCUACAGUAAACCUGGAUAUCCCUCACUUCUACAGUAAACCUGGAUAUCCCUCACUUCUACAGUAAACCCGGAUAUCCCUCACUUCUACAGUAAACCUGGAUAUUCCUCAUGCUUCUUCAGUAAACCUGGAUAUCCCUCACUUCUUCAGUAAACCUGGAUAUCCAUCUCUUCUUCAGUAAACCUGGAUAUCACUCACUUCUUCAGUAAACCUGGAUAUCACUCACUUCUUCAGUAAACCUGGAUAUCACUCACUUCUUAAGUAAACCUGGAUAUGACUCAUUUUUCAGUAAACCUCGAUAUCCCUCACUUCUUCAGUAAACCUGGAUAUCCCUCUCUUCUUCAGUAAACCUGGAUAUCUUUCACUUCUACAGUAAACCUAGAUAUUCCUCACUUCUUCAGUAAACCUGGAUAUCUCUCACUUCUACAGUAAACCUAGAUAUCCCUCACUUCUUCAGUAAACCUGGAUAUCUCUCACUUCUUCAGUAAACCUGGAUAUCACUCACUUCUUCAGUAAACCUGGAUAUCACUCACUUCUUCAGUAAACCUGGAUAUUCCUCACUUCUUCAGUAAUCCUGAAAGAAGAUAAAUCCAUCCUUGCUCCCGUAAUCCUAGGGAUACAUCCAACCUUGCUCCAGUAAUCCUGGAGAUAGAUCCAUCCUUGCUCCAGUAAUCCUGGACUUAGAUCAAUCCUUGCUCCAGUAAUCCUCGAGAUAUAUUCAACCUUGCUCCAUUAAUCUAGGAGAUAGAUUCAACCUUGCUCCAGUAAUCCUGGAGAUAGAUUCAACCUUGCUCCAGUAAUACAGAAAAG